AGCAAAUACAUAAAUUCUUACGUAAUGUUUGUAAUUUGAAACCAUUAGUAUAAGAAAGAGGAGCAGAAAAAAUGAUGAGCCUCGAGCUUUUGGAUCUCUGAUUCGUGUCAAGGAAGAAACCCCAGAAACGAAAAUCCGUAAAUUCUGCGACUCACUCAAAAGCUCACCUCUUUGCGAGUCAAAUUCCCUUUUCAGUUUCAAUCUUAGUGCGGUUUUAGCGAUCUGGGCUGAUCUGGUUGACUGCUUCGACGCUGGGUUGGCACUGGUCCAUUGUUUUGAAUUUGCUGUCUUGGGAUUCUGAGAAAUUGCAGUGGGAUUUUGAAAUUUUGGAUUUUUGUGAGUUUUAAAUUGCCUAGAUUGUUGGAAAUUGCGUGAUCCAAAGAGUAGGUUUUUGAUCCCUAGUUUGGCAUUGAAUUGAUUCAUCGUGACCUGAAUUUUUUGCGUUUUAACUAGAUUUCGGGGCUGCUGUGAUAAAUCUGUAUUGUAGUGUUUAUUAGUUAUGCAGUUCUGAUGGGACAACUUGGUUGCAAGUGGACAACCGCAAAGCCGAAAGGACGUUGUUUCAAUGCAAGUGAGAAUUGUUUGGAUUUGCGAUAGUAUGUGAGGGAGAUUAUGAUUUUUGGGGUUUUGUAGGGGUUGAAGAAAUAGGUUGUUUUUACUCGAUUUCAUGAGUAAAUUGAAGAUUUUGGACAUGAGAAACUCUUGGUUUAAGAAAUUAUCUGUUAUUUUUGGCCCUAGACCGCCCCUCAAUUGGUUACUCCUCUGCCUUGUUAGUGUUCUUGCAUUAAUAGCCGUCUUGGGAUCAUCUUCAUCAAGUGCUUUUGUGUCUAUAUCUUCAACUCCAGUACCAGACAUUUAUACAAAUUAUAGAAGGCUAAAGGAGCAGGCAGCAGUUGAUUAUUUGGAGCUGAGGACUCUCUCAUUAGGAGCUGGUCGGCAAAGGGAGCUUAGCUUUUGUGGCAAAGAGAGAGAAAACCAUGUACCGUGCUACAAUGUGUCUGCAAACUUGUUAGCUGGGUUUAAGGAGGGGGAGGAGUUUGAUCGUCACUGUGACAUGUCAUGGGAAGGGCAGCGCUGUUUGGUUCGACCUCCUAAGGAUUAUAAGAUCCCUCUCAGAUGGCCAGCUGGUAGGGAUGUUAUAUGGAGUAAUAAUGUGAAAAUAACCAAAGAUCAGUUUCUUUCUUCUGGAAGCAUGACAAAAAGGUUAAUGCUACUAGAAGAGAAUCAAAUUGCAUUUCAUUCUGAGGAUGGGUUGAUCUUUGAUGGUGUAAAGGAUUAUUCUCGCCAAGUUGCAGAGAUGAUAGGGUUGGGAAGUGACUCUGAUUUUUUUCAAGCUGGUGUGCAUAAUGUCCUCGACAUUGGUUGUGGGUUUGGUAGCUUUGGAGCUCAUUUGGUUUCCCUGAAGUUAAUGGCUGUUUGUAUUGCGGCAUAUGAGUUAACUGGUAGCCAAGUUCAACUGGCCCUUGAGAGAGGUCUUCCAGCAAUGAUUGCCAACUUUAUCUCAAGACAGCUACCAUAUCCUUCAUUGUCAUUUGACAUGGUUCAUUGUGCUCAGUGUGGUAUUGUUUGGGACCAAAAAGAUGGCAUGUUCAUUUUAGAAGCAGACCGGGUUUUGAAGCCUGGAGGUUACUUUGUUCUAACAUCACCCACUGGAAGUUCUCUGAACAUGAAGAAGGGAAGCAUGUUAACACCAAUUGAAGAUUUCACCAAGAAAAUAUGUUGGAGUCUUCUAGCUCAGCAAGAUGAGACUCUCGUCUGGCAGAAAACUGCAGACUCUCAUUGCUAUGCAUCCCGGCAGGAUGCUGUACCAAUUUGUGAUGAUGGGCAAGAUGCUCAAUCAUAUUAUAAGCCCCUUGUAUCAUGCAUAAGUGGUACCACUAGUAAACGUUGGAUUCCCAUUCAAAAUAGAUCCUCUGGUUCCCAAUUGAGCUCUGCUGAACUUGAAAUUCAUGGAGUUCAUCCUGAAGAUUUCUAUGAAGAUUUACAGGUUUGGAAAUCAGCUCUAAGAAACUACUGGUCUUUGCUUACACCAUUAAUUUUUUCUGACCAUCCAAAGAGACCUGGCGAUGAAGACCCAUUACCUCCAUUUAAUAUGAUACGUAAUGUGAUGGAUAUGAGUGCUCAUUAUGGGGGUUUAAAUGCCGCAUUUCUGGAAGAGAAAAAAUCAGUAUGGGUGAUGAAUGUUGUGCCAGUUAGGGCUCCAGAUACACUUCCUCUCAUACUUGCUCAAGGUUUUGCUGGUGUUUUGCAUGAUUGGUGUGAAUCCUUCCCCACGUACCCUCGAACAUAUGACAUGCUUCAUGCCAAUGGGCUAUUCUCACAUGUUGCCUUGGAAAGGUGCAAUUUAAUGGACUUAUUCUUGGAGAUGGAUCGAAUUCUAAGGCCUGAGGGAUGGGUUGUUUUUUCUGAUAAAGUAGGAGCUAUAGAGGAGGCACGCAUGCUUGCAACACAGGUUCGUUGGGAAGCAAGGGUCAUUGACCUCCAGAAUGGCAGUGACCAGCGGCUACUUGUUUGCCAAAAGCCAUUUUUGAAAAAAUGAUUUGUUUAGCAUCAGUCUCAUCUUUACUGAAGCACCCAGGAUUUGACAUCAGAGCAAGAAUCGUCAUUAAUUGCACCCCCAGAGAAUGUAUGGAUUUGAAGAUGUUCACAAUUGAACCUGGGGCAAGUUGAAGCUGUAGAUUAGAAGAGUGCCACAGAAGCAGCUGCAAUUCAUUUUUUCUUUCUAAUUUUUGUCAAGGUUUUUCCCUUUCUGUAGCAAUUCUUUCACCCAUUUUUUCUUCUUCAUUCCUUUUCUUGGGUUUUAUUUGUUUAUUGAUUUUGAUAUUGGAAGUCAUGUUUUUGUAUUGAACAGUUACUGCUACUGAGAGAAGAAAGUCAGUAGCCACGAAAUGUAAGAGUUAAUAUUGUAUUGUA